AUGCACCUCUCAUGGACUCUGAUGACCCUCUUUGUGCUCGGGAACCAUCAAUCGAUCGGUUAUUUUAACAAAAGUGCCCUCAAGUGUCCUCAAAAUACGCAAAAACUUCUGUCUCUUCUCAAUCUUCUCUGCAACUCUACGCAGGUCACCACAACUACGCGAGAUGCCUGUUAUGGAUGCUUCUUUCGUGCAGGAUCAGUUGCUCCAGGCGAAGCACAGGUGGCUUUACUUAGUCAGUGUGCAACGAUGUACCUCGUCAACACUACAUACGCCCCUUGUAUUGGAACGCUACAGCCCGGCCAGUCUCCGACACUCUGCUUUUCGGGUCACUGUGCCUUCGUGCAGUGCGUGAGACGAAUGAAUAGUGUCAGACUGAUGGAUGAAUGUAUGACCCAGGCCCUAGCAGUUAACCCCACCUUCGCCCUAAGCCAAGCAGGUCGUGUAGCACUUCUCGGGAAUGCAACAGGAUGCAUUUUAGCACGAACUCGAUGUUCCCAAUUCAAUCCGAUUACCGGUGAAUAUCAAGCAGUCGGAUUGGCCGCCACUGCGCUUCAAAUCGCAUCGAAUGGAGACCUUAGGGUAGUUGCAUUUCCGUCCAAUUUAGUCACGGCAGAGAUUUUCUGUUCACGGACAACACUCGAUCAAGCUGCCUACCAGGGGGCCUUGUGCUAGGGGUAAUCAAAUACAGUAGAAUCUCUUAAAAAUC